UAAGCAAACAAAAAGACUCCCCCCUGCAACUCUCCAAUCAACUUUUGCUUUUAGGGCUUUUUCAACUCCACCAUUGUUGACCCUUAUAAGCUUUUUCCUCCUCUUUCUAUCUCAUUGGUCAUCCGCCAAAUUCUCUUUUACGUUCUUCUUUCUUUUUCUCACAUAGAAUCCAAUCAUCCAUUUGAGCUGAUUCAGUCAUUUUCAGCAAAAAAAAACCUCAUUUGGAAGAAGAAGGAAUCAACGAAUCUCGAUUCUGUUUCUGUUGAUUCACUCAUUAAUAAACACAUUUGGAGCUAGAAAGAAUCUUGAAUUCGUUUUCACUACCAGAACCUUAUUCCAAACAAAAAAUAAUCUUUAUUUCAGCAUCCAAAACAAAAGCAUUUCUGGGUUGUUUUAAGUUUUACCAAAUCUUUUCCACCAUGGCUGAAGCUCCAAAAGCAGAGGAUAUCACUCAUCUUCCAACAGACCAACUUCAGGGUUUAGAGUACUGUAUCGACUCCAAUCCAUCUUGGGGGGAAGCGAUAGCUUUGGGGUUUCAGCAUUACAUCUUGUCUUUAGGAACUGCUGUAAUGAUUCCCAGUUUUCUUGUUCCUUUGAUGGGUGGUACAUCUAAUGAUAAGGUGAGGGUGGUGCAAACAUUGUUAUUUGUUCAAGGGAUUAAUACAUUUUUGCAAACACUUUUUGGAACUCGAUUGCCAACUGUUGUUGGUGGAUCUUGGGCUUUCAUGGUCCCUAUAAUCUCAAUCAUCCAUGACCCUUCUCUUGCCACCAUUGUCGACGAUCAUAUGAGAUUUCUUGCUACAAUGCGAGCGAUACAAGGUGCGCUUAUAGUAGCAUCAAGCGUGCAGAUUAUCUUGGGAUAUAGUCAGUUGUGGGCCAUUUGUUCUAGAUUCUUUAGCCCUGUUGGUAUGGUUCCAGUGAUUGCAUUGACUGGUUUUGGUCUCUUUGACAGAGGAUUUCCCGUGGUCGGGAGAUGCGUGGAAUUCGGCAUACCAAUGCUGAUUCUUUUCAUCAUGUUCUCUCAGUACCUGAAACAGUUUCAGGCGAAACAACUGCCGAUAUUGGAACGUUUUGCUCUUCUUUUGACGAUAGCAGUGAUCUGGGCCUAUGCACACCUAUUAACCGCUAGUGGUGCAUAUAAACAUCACCCAGAACAGACCCAAUUGCACUGCAGAACCGAUAAAGCCGAUCUCAUAUCCUCUGCACCAUGGAUAAAGUUUCCGUAUCCACUUCAAUGGGGUGCGCCAACUUUUCAAGCAGGACAUGCUUUUGGGAUGAUGGCAGCAGUUCUCGUCUCCCUUAUUGAGUCAACAGGUGCAUAUAAGGCGGCAGCCCGUCUAGCAAGUGCAACACCUCCCCCUGCUCAUGUUCUCAGUCGCGGCAUUGGGUGGCAGGGUGUCGGGAUUCUUUUGAGUGGACUUUUUGGAACUGCAACCGGUUCAACAGUUUCCGUAGAAAACGUCGGUCUUCUUGGAAGCACUCGUGUAGGUAGCCGAAGAGUCAUUCAAAUCUCAGCUGGCUUCAUGAUCUUCUUCUCGAUUUUAGGGAAAUUUGGAGCUUUAUUUGCGUCGAUACCUUUCCCGAUUUUUGCUGCGGCAUAUUGUGUGCUAUUUGGUCUUGUUGCUUCUGUGGGGUUGUCAUUCUUGCAAUUCACAAACAUGAACUCGAUGAGAAACUUGUUCAUCGUGGGCGUGUCUUUCUUCCUUGGCUUGUCUAUUCCCGAAUACUUUAGGGAGUACACGGCUGGUGCUCUCCAUGGUCCUUCGCAUACCAAAGCCGAAUGGUUCAAUGAUUUCCUUAACACCAUCUUCUUCUCCUCCCCAACGGUGGCAUUGAUGGUGUCGGUGUUUCUUGACAACACACUCGAGUUCAAAGACAGUGCAAAAGACCGAGGGAUGCCAUGGUGGGCCAAGUUCAGAACAUUCAAAGGAGACAGCCGAAAUGAAGAGUUUUACACUCUCCCCUUCAAUCUUAACCGCUUUUUCCCACCAUCAUGAGGUUUUUCAUAAGGGGUAGUUUUGUCAUUUUCAAGAUAGAGAUUGUGCUGAUCACAAUCCCUUUUCGAGGCUAGGAAGUUUUAUGAUGUGUUGUUUUUUCAUGAGAGCAUGAUAGCUUUGUUGUUGUUCUAAAUUUCAUUAAUUUCAUGUAAAUUUACUUAGCCAUAUUAAAUGGAAUUAAUUUAGAGUCCUCCAUUUGUUAA